AUAUCCGUUUUGUGUUGACAAUAUGAAAUAUGUGUUGACAGUGAAUGGAAAGUAAGGAAGAGGGACGUAAUUACACAACUGUAAACAGUUGGGUUUAAAAAGUUGAACACUGAUACAAAUACUGGUCCUUUGGAAUGAUGGGACAUGGCGUUUUCUUCCCAAACAACCGAGCUAGCGAACAAACGUCAAGAUGCUCUUGGGAACGCGUGUUUUGACAUUCUGGUUGCAACACACAAGGAGCAGUGGUGUGAAGCAGAUCACAGCUUGUAGAUAAUCUGCAAGUGCUUGAUGAUAACAGUUAUCUCCCCUUGUUCCAACAUGGCAGCCAGCCCUGGUGAUUUGACUUCUCUUCCUGAGAGAAGAAUACACUGCUCUACUGGAAAGAUCCUGGUUGGGAACAGGGAAUUCAUGUCAGCGUCAGAGGCUCUUCUUGCUUAUCUACAACAGUUUGAUGGCAAGUUACGGACCAAACAGCAGCAAGAUGCCUAUGAACUUCUGCUUGUGCGAUCUAAGAUGGCUUCCCACAGAUCAAGAGCAGUAGACAAUGACCUGAAGGACUCCUUGCAAGAGCUGCGACAUAGAAAAUUGAAAAAACUACUAGAAAAGAAAAAAAUGGAGCAGACAGGUCUAAAGCGGGAAGUUGAGGAUGCCCUGUCUAGAUCUGCUGACCUGCUGGAUAGGAUCAACGAUGACAGCUCAACUGUAACACAUUGUGUGAGCGAUAUCGGAAGUAUGACAACAGACGUCCUCCUUAGCAUCAAGCCCACAGACACCAAUAGGAACAUGGUUGUUGAUGAAGAUGGAAAACGGAAACAUGUUUACUCAUAUCACACCCCUCGCAGUCGAACACGGACAGUUAGUAGUAUACCUGUCCAGACUAACAAACCAGCCUUGUCAUCCCGGAGGUCAUCUGUUGAUAGUGCCAUUCCUACCUCCAUCCUCAAACACAUGAGUAAACGAUCUUCCAGUUCCAAUUCUGGGUUAGCAUCUAGACAUGCAGAACCUACAGAAAUUCUCAAACGUUUGAGGAGUCGUUCAGCUUCUCCAUUACCCGUGCAUUUAAGACAUGGCAAUCCUCGAUCUAGUCAUCUUGCUCCAGACUGGGUGGGUGAACUUGACGCCUCCUCUGGUAAGUCAAUACCCAGCUGGGUGAAUACUCUGGAUGCUUCUCUUGAAGACUUGAGGAGACAGACGUCUGGUGGUCGACCAGCUCCAAGUUGGGUUCAUGAUGCAGAGAAAUCAGAUAUCACUGUUGAUUCACUGCUUUUGAAUGGGAGAAGAGAUAUUGUCCUCAACAAAUCAGGUCAUGAUAAAUCAAAUUUAACUGACUCUCGGCCGGGCCUGAAUUUCUCAGAUCUGGCAACCAGUGGAAUUUCAAAGUAUUCUGACAAGCACAGCUUCUUAACUGGUGGAGGGAAAGAGCUAGCUCCAAGAGCAAGAUCUUUGGAUGAAAGUGAUAACUCGUUGCAGAAUUCGAAUCCUGGCUUUAAAGUUUACUCCGCCGCCACCAGUUCUAAGGACAGGACUUUAGGAAAGGAGAUCCUUGCUGAGAGUGACCAGCUGAAGACCUCACUGGACAGGUACUUGGAGAGGCUGGAGGUAGAAACUCGGAGUUCUCCUCAUAGGGCAGGCAAGUCCAAGAUGGCUGCUGGUCCAAGAUGCUCCAGCAUGGAGAGUGGGUCCCAUGUAAUGGAUGGGAAGCAUCAACCUCAUUCUGAUAUUACCGGUGCUAGUCCUAUACUCAAAGACAGUAACCUCAACAUGUCUAGUCUCAGUGAGGAGCCAACAUUCACCCCAGCCCGUGUGAGGUUCAGCCCCACUAAACCAGACAUUGGUGCAGACCUGCAUCAGAGCCCCAGCACGGAUGUUGUGUUGGAUGGCGACCGGUCCUGGGAACACCCUGUUGGAGCAUAUAAAUCCCCAGUAUAUGUUGAUGACAGAAAACAGAUUGGCAGUGCACUGCGUAGCGUGAAGAAGACUCCCUCUCCUACCCUGACUGGCAGUGAACAGCCCGGCAGUAUCGAGGCCCUCAAGAACAUGCUGUUCAAACUCCAGGCAGAGGAGUCCACUUCUGCAACAGGGAGCAAGACUAUGAGCAACCCUCUGGACCUGCCGGCUCUACAGGACUACAACUUCCAGGGAGAGCCCGGGGGACAGUCACUGGAGAAGGCUCUGGUACACCUGUCUCGCCUAAAGAACUUGGUGCAGACCUCACAAGCCCCAUCCGACUCAGCCAGCACCGUGACAGUAGCAACGUCAUUGAUGACAGCAUCAGGGCUUUCUUCCUGAAACUACAGACAACCUCAUUGCAUACUGUGAAGGAUCAAAACCUCCUCCUCUGUUUUGUUUGAAAAAGACCGAAGAUAUACUAGUACUUUAGAUAUAAUUAUCAUAUUAGGUAAUUACUGUUGAAAUCAGCUGGGAUGGGGCUUGCAACGUGCGCUGCCUGCA